AUGCCUAUAGGACGACGUGCGAAUAUCGGUCGCCGCACAAGACAUGCAAGCCAGCAGCAAGUGUAUUUACUAAACUUAAGCGAAGGCAGACAAAAUAUAAUAAGACAAAAUGCCCGGUUAAGACAACGCAUCAGUACACGUAGAUCAUUGACAUCAUACAAUCGCUUGGCAUUCCAGUAUGAUCCCACUGCAAACUACAGUGAUAAUAAAAAUUUCGAUAUUGGACCAAUGACGACUAUAUGCCGAUAUUGCAAUGCGUUAAAGUUCAAAAGAGAAACGGCUGGAUUGUGCUGCGCAAGUGGAAAAGUAAAACUGGAUCCAUUACUUGCACCACCAGUGCCACUGAAAUCAUUGUUUGAUGGAAGUGACCCCGAUUCCAGCCAUUUUCUUCAACACAUCCUUCAAUACAAUAACUGCUUUCGCAUGACUUCCUUUGGAGCUAAUAUCAUUCAAGAAGGCGGCUUCAUGCCGACUUGCAAGGUAAAAGAUACAACGCACAUAACCAAUUACUCACACCAACACAAUGAAUUGCACACCACACACUACACCAUCACACGAUCAGAAGUUACACCGUAUUCUUCAACUAAUGAUUGUUUGCAAUUACAGAUACAAGGACAAAUAUACCAUUUGCAUGGUUCAAUGGUGCCAACACCAAAUGAACAGCACCAAUUUCUGCAAAUAUAUUUAAUUUCGUCGAUGGUGGAUCAGCUGAAUGUGCGGUGCAAUAUGCAGGAAGAGUUAAAGAGACGAGUUAUUGAACAGUUGCAAUCAUUUUUUCACGCUAAUAAUGCUGUGGUUAACAUGUUCAAAACAGCAUUGGAACGAAUGCCAUCAGAUACGCACAAAUUUAUCAUAAGAGCGGAUUGUACCCCAAGAGGUGAACAUGUGCAAAGAUUCAAUGCACCCACCGUUAAUGAUGUUGCUGCAAUUAUUGUUGGCGAUCCAACUAAAUCGCGAGACAUUGUCGUUCAGCGAAGAAGCAAUAUCAUGCAUCGCGUAAACGAGACACAUCGUUUGUACGACGCGUUACAAUAUCCAAUCAUUUAUUGGCAAGGGCAAGACGGUUACGACAUCACGUUGAAGAUGGUCGAUCCAAUUACAGGCUUAUCAACGAAUAAAAAUCUAAGCGCUAUGAAAUACUAUGCAUAUCGUAUGAUGAUUCGUUCACAUGAGGAGAAUGUCAUUCUGAAGUGCCGUCGGCUAUUCCAGCAAUUCGCUGUCGACAUGUAUGUCAAAGUCGAGACCGAACGUUUAGCGUUCAUUCGAUUCAAUCAGGCAAAGCUACGAUCUGAGGACUAUAUACACUUGCGAGAUGCUAUUCAUUCAGAUGGUGAUGUUCAGAAUAUUGGACGUCUCACGAUUCUCCCAUCAUCUUAUACCGGAAGUCCACGCCACAUGCACGAAUACGCUCAAGACGCUAUGACGUACGUGCGACAUUAUGGAACUCCGGAUUUAUUUAUUACGUUCACUUGCAAUCCGAAGUGGACGGAAAUUGAACGUGAGUUGGAAAUAGGCCAAAAACCGCAAGAUCGCCAUGACAUAAUAGCCAGAGUAUUUCAGCAAAAACUCAAGGUUAUGAUGGAUGUGCUCACAAAGUAUCGAGUUUUUGGUGACACACGUUGUUAUAUGUACUCGGUGGAAUGGCAGAAGCGUGGACUACCGCAUGCUCAUAUCCUAAUUUGGUUGCUGAAUAAAUUACAUUCAAAUGAAGUGGAUGACAUCAUAUCAGCUGAAAUUCCUGAUCCAGUCACUGACCCCAUCUACACGAUAUUGUGA